CCGGACUCCUACACCUGACCAAGCAGUGCAGCAUCCAUUUACCCGCCCACUUAGGUCGCGCGAAAUGCUACACGUUCGUUAAAGGAACUGGAAAACACGUGCAGGCAAGAGUGCAAGCAUAGAGAUAGACCAAAACACCGCACACCCAGACUGGGAGAAUCGAUUAAGAAAAAUGGGUCGCACCCAACGUCACCGGCUUCAGAGGGCUAAAAUAUCUGAUGAGGAUUCCGGCUCCCUGCGGAAUCUAUAUAUUCAUCUUAACUCCCUUGGGUGGCAGAACCAUACCCAUCUAUCAGCGCAAACAUAUACCCUGACUGGACGAGGAUUAUGUUCGAAAAAGGAAACCUUUUCCCAGGAAGACGAGCUCAUUCGCCUGCCCGUUGGCUGCCUUAUCAGCAUAGCCACUCUGGAAUCGGACGAGCAAUUCAAGAGCCUCUUCGACAAGGAGCUAUUCGACAAGGAUUCCAGGAUUUCCUUUCAGGCACUGGUAGCCUGUUACCUUUUAUACCUAAAGCAUCUGAAAGAGUGUUCUCUUGAAACGCUUCAGCCUGUUUAUACUGCCUAUUUGGAAACCCUGCCCAAGACGUACUCAACUCCCUAUUUCUGCUCCAUACCUGAGCUGCAGUGUCUGCCAGAAUCCGUCCUAGAACGAACGGUUGGCCAGAAUCGCCAGAUACGGAGAUAUUUUGAAAUUAUCAAGAGUCUGGUCACGAGCUGCGAUUGCUGUGGAAAAAGCUAUGGCCAGGAUAUUUUUACACUCGCAGAAUUUAAGUGGGCUUACUUCACCACAAAUACUAGAAGCGUCUACCUUAGUUCCCGAUUUCUGAAAAAGCAAUGCAGCCAUUUCCAGGCUCUUAUAAGUAGCGAUACCAACCUAGCUUUGGCUCCGUUCCUGGAUCUUUUCAACCACUCUGAUAGUGUGCAAACUACAGCUGAGAUUGAAGGCAAGGAUUACGUUCUCACAUUAAAAACCCUACCUUAUUCGAAAACCAAAUCCUAUGAGCAAUUGUUCAUCAGCUAUGGUGCUCUGUCGAACUUUAAGUUGCUCACAGAAUAUGGCUUUUGUCUGAAAGGUAAUAAGCACGACUACUUUGAGAUCUCCCUGUUGGAUAUUGAGCACAUGGUUAAGAACAACAAGGUGCUAUCCACGCAAACCUACCACCGGAACAUUUUUAAAUUCAUCAGAGAGCAUAAUUUGAACGAUCAGAUGUUUGUUCACAUCAACGACGGAUGCUCCCACAAUUUGAGGGUAGUUCUACACCUGAUCUUUAAACAGCAGGCCUACUUCCCCAAUAUUCUCAACCAGAUUGCCUUUGGUGACGUGGAACAAUUCGAGGAUGUGCAGCCGGAACUGUCCCAACUCGUAGCCUUUAAAAUAAAAGAGUACGAAAUCUUUGGGGGAGAGCUGGACAAACUACCAAAACUGACGGAAAGCGGUUUGGUGGCACGGUUUUAUUUGAAGGAGUGCAUCCGCUACCUGAAUGAUUUUCAAGUGGCACAUCCAAGAGAAUAGAAGUAAUCUAUGCUAAGCUUAAAUUAGAAAACAGUACAAAGCAUUUUGGUUAUAAAUUGAAUGAACCGUUUUUAUUUUUCUAAUAAAUCUCAAAAAAUGUA